CGCUGCGCGGGAGGGAAGCGCUGCAGCCGCGGUGCAGCGGAGGAGCGGAGGAGAGCGAGGUGCGACGUGGAACCAGAGGACGUCCCUGCGGUCUCCUGUAGUCCACACUGUCUCAGCCAGAGACACAACGAGGAGAGGCGGCAAGACUUCACCGGCACCCAACACCACGAUGUAGCACACGCGCCACGCGUGUUGAAAAACCCAUCCGCCGUCGUCAUGGACGAGGGCUUGAUUAUCACUUUCAUAUCGGUUGCGAUGUUUGUCGGUUGUUUUGUGCUCGGAUUCAUCCCGCUGCUGUUCGGACUCUCUGAGAGAAGCCUGCAGUUUGUCUCCAUCCUGGGGGCUGGACUCCUGUGCGGGACGGCACUGGCCAUCACCAUCCCAGAGGGAGUGGGCUUACUGGAGGAGUCAUGGAGAGCAUCGUCCACUUCUGAUGUGCCAUCUGGUCUGAAUCGCAGUGAGAAAAAUACAACUUCCUCAGGGAGCGGCCGUCCGUCUCGCUUCUCCAUCGGAGUGGCUUUGACUUUGGGGUUCACCUUCAUGUUUGUGAUAGAUCAGAUUGGAAAUCACAUUUCCAUGCGAGACCAAACAGAUCAAUUGCACAAUAGUGUCGGCGUCACAGCCACUCUGGGGCUGGUCAUUCAUGCUGCAGGUACUUACACAGCAAAAUAUUUACUGCACAUUUUUACUUACUUGUUUUUUUUGCCCAAGGUAAACAGGAUGCUUCAAGGAAUUCCAGACCACACUCAAGGAAAAUUCCCAACAAAGCGCUGGAGUUGUUCAAGUCCUCAUGUGACUCAGCAUGUGAUUCCUCGAGUCUUUUAUGUUUCGACUGAUGGAUUUGCUCUCGGUGCUGCUGUGGCCACGGGUCAAGUGACAGUGCAAGUUAUAGUAUUUUUUGCUGUGAUUCUACACAAGGCGCCCACGGCUUUUGCUUUGGUCACCUUUCUGAUGCAUGCAGGUCUCGAGAGGAAGUACAUUCAGGGACAUUUGCUGGCCUUUUCAGCCGCAUCGCCUAUUGUUGCCAUCACCACUUACUUCAUAUUACAUGCCUCUGGCAGUUCGCCUCAGAACCAGCUAAGUUCGACGGGGAUGGGGAUGCUCUUCUCAGCCGGGACUUUCCUCUACGUGGCCACGGUGCAUGUUCUCCCAGAGGUCAGCAGCAGCAGAACAAGCCGACCCUCCUCUGACCUGCAGCAGCACACCGGAGCUGAGACCCACCAGCAGCGCUACCUAGGGCUCCUGGAGAGCCUCACUCUCAUCCUUGGCGUCGGGCUGCCCAUGGUGCUGUCUCUCGGCCUGCGUGACGACUGAGAAAAAGGGAACAAAGGACUCUGUUCAUCCACACCUGAAUGAAAAACAGUGAGCGCCAAAUAUAACAUGCUGUGUAAACUGUCUGCGUGGCAGGUGUGACAAUGACGAAACCUGUCUUGGACGUAAGUUUGCUUUGGUGUGUUCUCGUCUCAGUGAAACCGCCGUUUGAGUCCAGCAAAGAGUUUUGCAGUAGGUUUGAAUAAUCUGAUAACAAAUACAUUGUCCUCAGUCGGCCACGUUUUCAUUCCAAGAUAACAAAAUGGGCUACAUUUGUUGCCAACGUUGAGGACAAGGCCUUUGCAGCGGUGAAACCCCAGUAACUGGACAUAUUUAGAUUUGAUACUGUGUCUGUUACACAAACAAUAAGAGAUCUGGGCUGUGCAUCUUAAUUUCUUCUUAGUUUAUUUGUUUAGUCCGGAGCUUGAACAGUUCUCUGUUCAUUAAUGUGCAAUAGUGCAAAAGAACAAGACCUACGAUGUCAACUUUUUGUGUGAUAAAAUAUGUUUCAUAGUUUUGAAGGUGAGAGUUUUUAAUCAGUACAACUGACAAAGCCUUUUGGGCUCAUUGAGGUUAUGAAGUAGCUGCUUCCAAUCACAGAUUGUCUUACUGAGAUUAUACUUGUGUUACUUUAAGAAUUAGGGUUAUCAAAAUUUGGAUGAUCGUUCCUGUCAAUUUUUCAGUGAGUGCAGAGGUUUAAAUGAAAUAAAAUGUCUGUGUUAUGUUUGCUA